ACUCUUUGCUUGGACAAAGAGAGCUCUAGUGCAGCAAGAGCCAUCUGAUCAUCAUUUCAGACAUGGCGAGCCUAGGGAAAGCAUGUCUCUGGCUUGUGGUGGUAUUGAUCUUGAGUCCAUCAAUAUCCAGCAAGGAAGCUGCCUUCCCUUUUGUCUUCCCAUUACCCUACUACUCACCACCUCCUCCUUACUACGACAAGUAUCCACCACCCCUUACCUCACCACCACCUCCACCACCUUACUACAAUAAAUCUCCAUCUCCCCCUACAUAUUACUACAGUUCACCACCACCUUCCCCAUUCUACCAUACAUCACCUUCCCCGCCAUUUCCUUCACCUCCACAAUAUCAUAACAAGUUCCCUCCAUCUCCAUCACCAUACCACAACAACUCUAUCCUACCUUCUUCACCCUCUCCCUCACCUCCACCCAAUAAGUACCCUUCACCUAUACUCUCCCCUCCACCCCCUUACCAUUACAAAUCACUUACCCCUCCAAUCUAUUAUGGAUCACCUCCUCUGCGAUCUCAUUCACCUCCACCUCCUUAUCUUUACAAGCCUCCUCAAACUCCAUCUCCACCAAUUAAGUCCCCUCUGUCUCCCUCCAACAGUAGGUCUCCUCCACGACCUUCACCUAUAUCCUUUCCUCCACCCCCUUACCAUUACAAAUCACCUCCUCCUUCAAUCUAUUAUACAUCACCACCCCCACAAUCUCAUUCACCUCCACCUCCUUAUCAUUAUAUCUCUCCUCAAACUCCAUCUUCAUCAUCACCCUCUCCUUCACCUCCAUUCAACAGUAGGUCUCCUCCACAACCUUCACUUAUACGCUCUCCCCCACCCCCUUACCAUUAUAAAUCUCCACCUCCACCAUUGCCAUCACCAUCUACUCCAAAACCUUCACGUAUACCCUCUCCCCCACCCUCUUACCAAUACAAACCACCUCCUCCUCUAAUAUAUCACAGAUCACCACUUCCACAAUCUCAUUCCCCUCCACCUCUUUAUCAUUACAAGUCUCAUCAAACUCCAUUUCCAUCACCCUCUCCACCAAUCAAGUCCCCAUCUCCUCCGCCUCAUUACAAACCAUCACUUGCACCUUCUCCUUUACUUCCACCCUUCACCUCCACCUCUUUAUCAUUACAAGUCUCCUCCACCACCAUUUCUAUUGUCACCAUUGCCAUUUUAUAUUAUUGCACCACCACCUUAUAUUUAUAAAUCACCCCGCCUCUUCCAACGUCGACCACAUUUCCAUCACCCUCACCAUCACCCCAUCAAGGUCUCCUCUCCACCAGUACAAAUCACCACCACUACCACCAUUCUUGCCACCUCCACCUUAUAUCUAUAAAUCAUCACCACCACCACAUCCACCUUACUACUACAAAUCACUACUUUGACCAUCCUCUCUACCUCCAUCACAUUAGUACUACUAUCUACCACUGUUUCUUCCACUGCCACGACCACCACCUACAUGCAAUUGUCCACCCUUGUCACCAUCCCAACCCUUACCUUUACCAUUAAAAUCACCUAUACCACCACCAUCCCAUCAUUUACACCAUUUCACCACACCACCUUGCCGCUAAGUGUCACUACCAUAUCGUCAUACUGAUCGCCUUCACUAGUUACUAAACUAUUACAAGUCACCACCUCUGGCUCUAGAACCAUUAUCCCCAUACAUACACUCCUAAAAGUGUUCCAUUCCCCCACCAUCAGGUCCAUCACCUACCCCACCUUUGGCAGAUGCCCAGCAGACCUGCAACUUUAGUCGAUGUGAACUCUGGGAAAUUAAAGUCUAUCACAAACUUGUAUGCGUUCCUUCCUCCAUUGGUUGGAGUGAAGGAAACAAAGCGGCUGACUAGCUUGUUAACAGGGGUCACCUCGAAAAUCAUGUGUAUUCGUCUUGUGCACCUGGUUGUCAUAUUUAUAUUUCCAUUUUGCAUUUCAUAGGGUCAAGACUCAAGAGAAUAUUAUAAGAUGUUCCUGUUAGAUAAAGAUGUUAUUGUGUGCAUGUUAAUAAACAACAAGAGAAUAUUAUAUUAUAGGA